AUUUGUCCCUUCUCAAACACCAAACCCCGGCCUAGUCUGCUUCGCAAGCGUUCUGGAAGUCUCGCGAUGUUGCGUGCGUCUCUGGGUUUAGAAACUCUGUGACAACAACAAAUUAAAUACUGUCAUCUGUUGCCAUGACAAUUUUCUUAAUACGGAGGCUCACCCGGAUGGUUUAUGGAGCUAAAACGCGAAAGUCAAGCUAGCUAACAGGAGGCCAGGGUUUGUUGACGUGAGCUGAAAACUAAAAUCUUAAGUUUGAAGGUGAAAGUCUCGAUUGCUAGUGUGCUAACUGCAGAGUAUCGGUUAGACAAACCAAAAUGAGUCUGGAUAAAGCAAAGCUAUGCAAUUCGUUACUAAAUUGGCUACAGACAUUUCAGGUGCCCUCGUGCACCAGUAAGCAGGACCUGACGAGCGGAGUGGCUAUUGCACACGUUCUACACAGGAUAGACCCCUCCUGGUUUAAUGAGGCAUGGCUGAGCAGGAUCAAGGAGGAGAGUGAGGCCAACUGGCGCCUCAAGGUCAGCAACCUGAAGAAGAUUCUUCAGAGCAUGCUUGAGUAUUACCAUGAUGUGCUUGGCCACCAGGUAGCAGACGAGCACCUGCCAGACAUCAAUCUGAUUGGGGAGUUUGGAGAUGUGACUGAACUUGGAAAGCUGGUGCAGUUGGUGCUUGGCUGUGCUGUCAGCUGUGAGAAGAAGCAAGAGCACAUCCAGCAGAUAAUGACCCUGGAGGAGUCUGUCCAGCAUGUUGUUAUGACAGCCAUACAGGAGCUCCUGGCUAAAGAGACAACUGUUCCAGGAAAUCCUGAGACCUACGGGGACUUUGACUACCAGUCCAGGAAGUAUUAUUUUCUCAGUGAGGAGGUGGAGGCGAAGGAGGAUCUGGGCCAGCGCUGUCGAGACCUGGAGCACCAGUUGGCAGCCGUCCUGGAGGAGAAGUCAUCCCUGCAGGUGGAGACACAGUCCCUGAGGGAGAAGCUCAGCCUCAGUAACCCACAGGAUGCUUCUACCACCAUCACUGGCAAGAAGCUGCUGCUGCUGCAGAGCCAGAUGGAGCAGCUACAGGAGGAGAACUACAGACUAGAGAACAGCCGAGAUGACAUGCGUGUGCGAGGGGAGAUUCUGGAGCGUGACAUUUUGGACCUCACUCACCGUAACGAUGAACUGACCAGCCUCGCCCAGGAGGCCCAGACUCUCAAAGAUGAGAUGGACAUCCUCCGGCAUUCGUCUGACCGGGUGAGCCGGCUGGAGGCACUGGUGGAGACAUACAAGCGUAAGCUGGAGGACCUGGGGGACCUGCGCAGACAGGUGCGUCUGCUGGAGGAGCGCAACACUGUCUACAUGCAGCGCACAUGUGAGCUGGAGGAGGAGCUACGCAGGGCCAACUCAGUCCGCACCCAGCUGGACACCUACAAGAGACAGGUCCAUGAGCUUCACACCAAGCAUUCGUCAGAGGCACUGAAGGCUGAGAAGUGGCAGUUUGAGUACAAGAACCUUCAAGACAAGUAUGACGCCCUGCUUAAGGAGAAAGAGCGUUUGAUCUCAGAGCGAGACACACUGCGGGAAACCAAUGAUGAGCUCAGGUGUGCACAGGUCCAACAGAAGGGCCUCAGUCAACCAGGUGGAUUAUGUGAGGACUCUGGUACAGUGGGAAACCUGGCCUCUGAGAUGAUGCCCACAGAGUUCAAGGAGACGGUGGUGCGUCUGCAGAGUGAGAACAAGAUGCUGUGUGUCCAGGAGGAGAGCUACAGACAGAGACUGGUGGAGGUACAGGGUCAGCUGGAGGAGUCUCAACGCAGCCAGAACACCCUGGAGACACAAAACAGGUUGAACCAGCAGCAGAUCUCUGAGCUGCGGUCCCAGGUGGAGGAUCUCCAGAAGGCUCUACAGGAGCAGGGCAGCAAGGCGGAGGAUGCCAUUUCCUCCCUGCUGAAGAAGAAGCUUGAGGAGCACCUGGAGAAGCUCCAUGAGGCCCACUCAGACCUGCAGAAGAAGAGAGAGGUCAUUGAUGACCUCGAGCCCAAAGCGGACGGCAACAUGGCGAAGAAGAUCGAUGAGCUGCAGGAGAUCCUGAAGAAGAAGGAUGAGGACAUGAAGCUGAUGGAGGAACGCUACAAGCGCUAUGUGGAGAAGGCCAGGACGGUGAUCAAGACUCUGGACCCCAAGCAGCCGCCUCUGACUGUGUCUCCUGAUGUUCAGGCCCUCAAGAACCAGUUGACUGAGAGAGACCGGAAGAUCCAGCACCUGGAGCAUGACUAUGAGAAGAGCAGGUCCAGACAUGACCAGGAGGAGAAACUCAUCAUAAGUGCCUGGUACAAUAUGGGUAUGGCCCUGCAUCAGAAGGUGGUGGGAGAGCGGUCGGGUCCGUCUAACCAGGCCCAGUCCUUUUUGGCCCAGCAGAGGCAGUCCACUCACGCCAGGAGAGGUCUUGCAGCCCGCCACCAGUCCAGAUAAGACAUAUCAACUCUGGGGGAGGAUGUGGAGAUGAGGCAAAACAUUAUCGAUAUCUUAGUGUUCACUACUUCCGUACCCCUACUCUCACUGCUCUGAUGCCUUUACUUCUCCUCUUGGUGUUUUGUGAAGAUUGCUGCUGCUGCCCUCUGCUGGGCAUCUCUGUUACAGGAUUUUCUGGAGCGUCAGCGAUGCAGAGCUACUUACUGCACCUUCAAGUGCAUUCAAAGCUGCCAAGACUCAUUUAAACAAAGAUGAGAGAAAUGGGUCUAAAUGAGAGCUGGAAAGAAGCUGAGUGACUAGUCCUUUGACAUGGAAUUCUUAGACAAUGUUUCUCAUUCAGUCCCUCCAUUUCUUUCAAGCCCUCUUUUUAGCUAUAAUGUAUUUGAUGUUUUCUUAAGGUUUAGAUUAGGACUAUGAGAAUCAAUGCUUUGGAAUGAUGACCGAGAUGGAAAGGGAUGAUUUCUGCUGUCAAUAGGGCAGGGGUCUUUACCUUCCCCCUACUACUACUACUAUAUAUUUUCACCCUUUAUUAUCCAGCCCACUGCCAGGCUAAAUAGAUAUUAUCCUCUUACUCUUACAUGGAAACACUAAGAGACACCUAUGGGUUGAAAUCAUGGUGAAUUUGUGUGAUUUUUCUAUUCAUUUGUGCCCAAGUCAUUUGGAGAUUCUGGCUUUUGCUGUGUUUCUGACACUUUUAAAUGUACAUGGUGAGAGAAACUGGUGAAGCGCUAGAACGGGUGUCAUCCGGAUCCAGAUAUUUUGCGGGGGGGGGGGGCUGCUAACUCGACAUACUUUUACAAUGACGAAAAUCAAGUUUGAAACUAGAAAUGCCAAUGGACCUACAUUCAUACAGUUUAUUGACUGUGUCCAGCUCACUAAUAAUAAUCAAAAUGACAGUCAGGAGCAUCACUUUUUGCCCAUUUUGAUGGCGAGGAAAUGUUGUUGAAGACUGAAUGUGGCCCCCGGGGCAAAAUGAGUUUGGCACCCCUCAUCUCGAAGAGCUCAAUGUCUUUGAGAUGAGAGGAACACAUGAGUUUGGCACCCCUCAUCUCGAAGAGCUCAAUGUCUUUGAGAUGAGAGGAACACAUUUUCUGCACACACAGUCAUGACCUCUUUUUAUUUCUGUGAAUGUGUUUUAGACUUUUCUUUUAAGCUAUAUCAUCUAUUUGUUUUCUCCUUUGUUAUUAUGAGUUGUUUUGUUAUAGUUUGAAGAGUAGGAAGAAUAGCGUUCUAACCUCAGAGUUUUAUGUAGUUGUGUUGGUCUGUAUAAUAAUGUUCAGCAAGGGUACACAGUGUAAAGAAAAGCACUUCCUCCCUUUUGAUAAUGGUUCAUUUCCUUGUGAAAGACUAGAAAAAUGUCCCAGACUCUGUUUAACCUAUCUACGUAUGUAUCAAAUUCCUGUUAGGAGUAUGGUGUUCACAUGUAAUGGCAGGCGCUCUGAAAGACUAGCAGAUAUGGGUCCUCUUCUGUCAGGACCGUUUGACUGGUAGUAUUCACACAGACUAUUGAACAAGCUUUUGUUUCAAGCUGUAAUAUGGGAAUGUACUUUGAAUGAUUGGCUAGACUUCCUGAUGGACUACAUUUUUGUUAUUUUUCACUUGAAUUUAUCCCCAGGGUGUUUUAAGAGUUGUGAUUGGUUGCACACACCACUUUAGACUGAUUUGAAUGUAGGAAACGCUGGUGCUUGUGAGAACCAGAGUGUGGGGCUAUUGAUUCACAUAGUUAAUUGAUGUGGGGGGGGGAACUGGAACUGGCCACACUGGAGGUUGUUACUGUGUAAUCCUGGAGGGAAGUAAGGUUUCAAGAUGGCAAUGGUAUGUAGCUUUUCUCUCAUUCUCAGCAGAAGCAAUCAACUAUAGAUGCUUCUGUUCUGACACUGGAACUUACCUAGCUAAUGAACAUUGUGUACUCUUGUCAUAUUUACAACUGAAUUUAUGUACAUUUUUACCUAUAAUUUUCUCAAGAUGAACCUGUGAAGGACAACACUAUUGUUGAACACUACAUCUAUCUGAUUACUUUGACAGUAUCUGUGUAAACAUGGAACUUCUCUUUGGUAGCCAAACUGCUCUCUGUGACUUGUACCUAACCCUCUAAGUGUGUAACUCUGUGCAAUGUUAUUUACCAGGCUAUGAAACCACAACUGUGUGUACAUUUAACUUCACUUAGUGUUUUACUCUUUUAAGUAGAUGUGUUUAUUUGGUAUUGAAUCAGGAAGUCAGGCUUUUACUUUCAAAGUAGUAAAUCAACAUUCCAACUGAACUGCUAUGUCCUAGCACAGAUAUGGCCUGUACAAUUCAACCUGUCCUUUUUGUGACUGGAAAUCCCUCAAAUAUAUUGUCAAUGUACUGUCCAAUUGCAGUAUAACUUGUUUACACUGUCCAUUAGCAAUAUAUUACAAUUGACAUUUACCAUCACAAAUUGAACAUGCAGUUAAAGGACAAACUCUACUGAACAAAAAUAUAAAUGCAACAUGUGAAGUGUUGGUUUCAUGAGCUGAAAUAAAAUAUCCCAUAAAUGGUCUAUACACACAAAAA